UACGUUAAUUGGUAAGUUUUUGACAAUUUUCAUCGUUGAAAUCAACUAGGAAUAAUAACGGCAUCAUGAUUUUGCUAUGGUUUACUAUGAGCAAAAGAUUCCGGGAACAGAAGAAAAGAGGAGCCUGCAUUGGCAAAUGCCGCUGAUCUGAUCACCUUUGCCAUUUGAUGAUUUGCUCCGAUCAGGAACUGCCCACACCACCAGCGAUCGGCCAUGGCGAGCCUCGUGCAAGGCGUGUACGUCCUGGAGCGUGACCGGCAACGGAACCGCCAGGGCCCCGACGCCCGCGCGCCGGCGUGGUGGAAGUUCUUCAACUUCGAGCUGCGGCAGGCGCUCGUGGACGCCGCCGACUCCUCCAUCUUCGGCGCGGUGUACGCGUUCCAGCCGCCGUACCACCUCAUCGACCCAGCGGCGGCCGCCAGCGCGCCGCACUACGUCGUCGCCUUCCGAGGGACCGUCACCAAGAAGGCCUCGGCGUCCAGGGACCUCGAGCUCGACCUCCUGCUCGUCCGGAGCGGCAUCGAGCACACCUCCCGCUUCCGCAUCGCGAUGCAGACCAUCCACGACGUCGUGGUUGCCGCCGGGGCGGGGCACGGCCGCGUCUGGCUGGCCGGCCACUCGCUGGGGUCCGCCAUCUCAACCCUCGCCGGAAAGACCAUGGCCCGGGCGGGCGUCGUCCUCACCACAUUCCUCUUCAACGCGCCGUUCCUGUCGGCGCCGGUGGAGAGGAUCCCGCACAAGAAGGUGAAGCAGGGCAUCCGCAUCGCCAAGAGCUUCGUCACGGCCGGGGUGGUCACCGUCCUGCACAAGAGCGGCGGCAGCAGCGACGAAGCCUUCGCGGCGCUGGCGCGGUGGGUGCCGAACUUGCUGGUGAACCCGGCGGACCCCAUCAGCGCGGAGUACGUGGGGUACUUCGACCACCGCAAGAAGAUGGAGGACAUCGGCGCGGGCGCCGUCGGGAGGCUGGCCACGAGGCACUCGGUCAAGGACCUGCUUCUGGGCAUCGGCAAGCCGGAGGGCUGCGAGCCGCUGCACCUGUUCCCUUCGGCCGUCCUGACGGUGAACCGCGGCCCGUCGCCGGACUUCAAGUCGGCCCACGGGAUCCACCAGUGGUGGCGGCCGGACUUGGCCCUGGAGUGCAGGGCCUAUUCCUACGCUUGAUCGGCUGGAAUAUAAGGCAAACCUCCUUUGGAUCCUGGUUCUAGAAACUGAAACUCGAAAAUGA